UUCUCAUUUGUGCCAAUUUCACCAACCGCGUGGCCAAAGACGACGAGGCCACGGCGGCGACACGGCCGAGAAGGUGUGUUAAUGCCGACAAGAUCGCUUAAGAAGAGGCAAGCGAAGCGAUCGAUGAUGGCUCAGUUUGCUGAAUCUCCUGCUGCUCCUCCUCCUCGUCGGCGAUUCGUCGACCGGAGGAUCUCGAUGAUGGUUCCUCUUGUUCUCUUCUCCGGUGCCGUUUUCCUCUUCUCCAUGCCAUCGAAGAGCUUGGAUGAGUAUUCUGCUUUGAUGGAUCUCUCUCGCACUGCCCAUGAAAUUGAAGUAGUCGCGGAGUUUCCUCAUGACCCUGACGCGUUCACUCAGGGGCUUCUCUAUGCGGGAGACGACACGCUAUUUGAGUCAACUGGUAUUUACGGGAAGUCGUCGGUGAGGAAAGUGGAUCUACGAACAGGAAAGGUUGAAAUUCUUCAAAAGAUGGGUGAUUCAUACUUUGGGGAAGGUCUAACUCUAUAGUCAUUCCUGCUCUUUCAAGUCGCUUGGUUGACGAAAACUGGUUUCAUAUACGACGUGCACAAUUUAAGCAAAGUCAAGCCAUUUACACAUCAGAUGGAAGAUGGUUGGGGACUGGCUACUGAUGGGGAGGUUCUGUUUGGGAGUGAUGGUACUUCGACCCUAUAUCGGAUUGACCCUAAAACAUUGAAAGUUACUGAAAAGCAUACUGUCAAAUAUAAUGGUCAUGAGGUGCGUUACCUUAAUGAGCUCGAGUAUAUUGACAGAGAAGUUUGGGCAAACGUCUGGCAGACUGAUUGCAUUGCAAGAAUUUCCCCUAAAGACGGAUCAAUUCUCGGAUGGAUACUGCUUCCCAACUUAAGGCUUGGAUUGUUGAAAUCCGGAUACAGGGGCAUUGAUGUCUUGAAUGGCAUAGCGUGGGACGUCGACAAGCAACGCCUCUUUGUAACGGGGAAGCUAUGGCCGAAACUUUACGAAAUCAAGCUAAAACCGGCACGAAAACGGCCAGAAAAUUACAUCGAGCGACACUGCUUGACAUGAAACAGUCCCCCUCGUACUUUUGAAAAUGUAUGCAAAUUGUGUUAAAAUUAACGUAGAGCAGAGAUCCUAUGAACAUAGCUAGUGAGGGUCAAGCCGUGGUCAGAGAUAGAAGUUUCACAUCAUUACCCUUUUGCUCAUCUUGACUUUAUUACCAUGGGGUAAUGGUAAUGGAUGCUGGGGAUGGAUACUUUGUUAUAUGUUUUGGUUUGGUGUUAAGAAAAAUAUAUUCCAUCGAGGUUUUUUUUU